AUAAAUUUAACCCGACGGACUGAAGAAGAAUUUAGGAAGCCCACCCACAGAAAAACCCUAAACUCUCUCCUUCACCUUCUCUCUUGUUUCUCUUUCUCUUUGAUAACAAUGGCGUCUCCUUCUUUGGACGAACAAACAGCAAAGGCCGUUCUUCGCCAGGUUGAAUUCUACUUCAGCGAUAGUAAUCUUCCACUAGAUAGUUUCCUGAAGAAAACUAUCAGUGAAAGCGAAGAUGACAUGGUAAGCUUGGCAUUGAUAUGCUCUUUCAGUAAGAUGAGGGAGCAUUUAAAGUUGGGGAAUGUCAAGCCGGAAGAAGUACCUGAAGAUACUGUGAAAUCUGUGGCCGAAACUCUUAGAACCUCUUCUUCCCUAGGAAUUUCUGAAGACGGGAAGAAAGUUGGUAGGAGCUCGGAGUUGUUAAAGGUGGAUGACUUGAUAGAGCAAUUGGAUACAAGAACAAUUGCUGCAGCACCACUUGAGUAUAAUAUUAAGCGGGAAGAUAUAGAAUCCUUUUUCACUCAGUAUGGGAAGGUAAACAGUGUGAGGUUGCCUCGUCAUGUGGCAGACAGAAGGUUAUUCUCUGGAACUGCUUUGAUUGAAUUCUCAACUGAGGAAGAUGCUGAAAAGGUCUUGAAGCAAAACUUGGUUUAUGGUGGAAUUGAGCUGGAGCUAAAGUCAAAAAAGGAUUUUGAUGCAGAACGAGUAAAAGAUGCAGAGAAAUUUGGCAAUUCUCGUUCACAAACAGGUGCUAGUAAUAAGAACAGUUCUGAAGCUGAAGCAAACUAUCCGAAGGGCUUAAUUGUUGCAUUUACAUUGAAGAACUUGUCUGGUGGAGAUUCUCUAGAGGAGGACCAAAAUAAUGAUACUGUAAAUGCUCAAAAAGUAGACGGGGAGAUACAUUCCUCAGAGAAUGCUGCCGAGGAAAGUGAAUUGGGGGAGCCAGGAAAGGUUAAUCAAGAAAAGGCUGAUGAGGAAGGUGCCUCAGAAGACAAAGCAGAAGAUACCGAUGAUAGUGAGAAGCCCUCUGAAGUCACACAUAAAAAAUAUGAAAAUAAGGAAGAAAAAUCAACAGCUGCUGCCUAUAAAAAUGAUGAGAAUGUUGUUUUGCGAGAGGAUUUGAAGGAAAUCUUUCAGAAAUUUGGAAAUGUGAAGUUCAUUGAUUUCAGGAUCGGAGAAGAAUCUGGAUAUGUCCGGUUUGAAGAGCCUGAGGCAUCCCAAAAAGCUCGUGCAGCUGCAGUCCUAGCUAAAGAAGGUGGUCUGAUAGUGAAAAAUUUCAUUGCUACCUUAGAACCAGUGACUGGUGAGGCUGAAAGGGAGUAUUGGAGCUUAUUCCGAGGUGGUAACCAAGAUAAACACAGGGAAUAUAGAGGCAAGGGCUACAGAGGAAGGGGAGGAAAGUACAAUAGAGGCGGCAAACAAGGGUGGAGUAGAGAAAACCAUGGUGCAAGUGGUCGCCCAAAUAAAGUUCAUAAGAUUGGAGCGGUGUGAGAGUAACAGAGGAUUUUGAUUCCAGUUUUGCACGAGAACCUCGACAAAUAGUUUUUUUUACUGGGAGAUGGAUUGCAGUUCCUCUUCUCUCUGUUUGGGCUAGCAAGAUAAGUUAAAAUCGUGUUUGAAGAUAAAGACAGUACCAUGUUUUUUAGUCUUUCUGUAACUUACUGAUUAAAAAAAUAGUUUAAUCUUUCUCUUAAUAUAUUUUUGAUUUAGUUAUUUUUUA